AUAGCAUUAAAACAUCAUAGAAAUACAAGUACAACCCUUAAGACAAAUAUUAACAUUUUGAUCCCCUAAAAUACAAAAAUGAGUUGCUCUUGAACCUCAUCUCCUACGGGCCUUUUCAAUUCUGUGCUGUGAUGGUAUCAGGAGAGGCUGCUGUGCUCGCUGGCCCAAAUGUCGUCCUUUAAAGUUAAUAGAUUCUCCACCACAAACCAAAGCUUCCCGACGUCGUGACUUUACAAUCCCCGGCUUUAUCUUCCUCGACCCAUCAGAGUUUCAGUGAACGACGACCAAAAACAGUUGGUGAAUUUGGAUGGCUAUACCUCAAAGAAAUGUUGGGCUUCCAUUGAUGAACCUUGUCAGAUUAAAAGGAACUCCCAUUCUGCAGCAGCUUCAUUUAGAGGAGCGGCUGCUGCGAACCUCGUCUGAUAAUUGGUGCAUUAUAAAUGAUGGCACAAAUGAUCGUAAUAUUGUCAUGGGUAUUUCAGGAAAACAUGCAGAGCUUCUAGACAUUGAUCUGGUGUUACGAGAUCAGGUUCCUGUCAUUAAAAGGUAUACUGGUGGAGGCACAGUUGCAGUUGAUCAUGGCACCAUAUUUGUCACUUUCAUAUGCAACAGGGAUGCUGUUCCUGGCUUGAAACUAUAUCCGCGACCUAUAAUGUCUUGGAGUAGCCAAUUGUACAACAGAGUGUUCAAAAGAUUUGGUGAUUUUUACCUUCUUGAAAAUGAUUAUGUAUUUGGUAAUCGCAAGUUUGGUGGGAAUGCUCAAUGUAUUACGAAAGAUCGGUGGAUCCACCACACAUCCUUCCUAUGGGACUAUGAGGAGAGAAACAUGGCAUACCUGAAGCAUCCAAAACGGGCUAGGGAUCAUUUGGAAUUUGUAUGCCGCAUGAAGGACUACGUGCCAAGAUCAGUUUUCAUCCAGAAAACUGUCGAGGCAAUCAGUGCUGAAUUCUCAGUAGAAUCUGAACAUACAGACCCAUUUGAAACCAACUCAAAGUUUGUGCCCUCAACAAGACUAUUGACAAGGCAGGAGUUGGAAGAAGCAGCUGUAGCCUCUCAAUCCGCGAGCUCUCUCUCUCAGUCGUCCUUGUAAUGUAAUAUGAAAUUCUAAAUUCUUUAUUCAUAAACUCUUUAG